UAUAAAUAUAAUAACUAUAGCCAAAAUGACAUCAGUAUUGAUGAAUAAAGCUACUGGUAAGUUAGACCAAUAUGAAGAAGAAAGACUUCACCAUACUCCAUGGGUUGAAAAAUAUCGUCCUAAAAAGUUAGAAGAUGUUGCAUCACAAGAUCAUGCAGUAACAGUUCUUCAAAGAACCAUUGAAUCUGCUAAUUUACCUCAUAUGUUAUUUUAUGGACCUCCAGGAACAGGUAAAACAUCAACAAUAUUAGCAUUGGCAAAAACAUUAUAUGGACCAAGAUUAUAUAAGACAAGAGUAUUGGAAUUAAAUGCUAGUGAUGAAAGAGGAAUUUCUAUAGUAAGAGAAAAGAUUAAGAAUUUUGCAAGAUUAACUGUAUCUAAUCCAACAACUGAAGAUUUAGAAAAUUAUCCUUGUCCACCUUAUAAGAUUAUUAUAUUAGAUGAAGCAGAUUCUAUGACUAAUGAUGCUCAAGCAGCAUUAAGAAGAACAAUUGAAAAUUAUUCAAGUGUAACUAGAUUUUGUUUAAUUUGUAAUUAUAUCACGAGAAUAAUUGAUCCUUUGGCCUCUAGAUGUUCUAAAUUUAGAUUUAAACCAUUGAAUAAUGAUAAUGCAUUAAAUAGAUUGAAAUAUAUUGCUGAAGAAGAAAAAAUUAAUUUAAGUGAAGGUGUAUUAGAAGAAGUAUUAAAGAUCUCUAAUGGAGAUCUAAGAAAAGCAAUUACAUUUUUACAAUCUGCUACAAAAUUAAGUAAUUCAUUAGAAGAUGUAGAAAUGGCCGAUGAAGAUGGUAAUUUUGAAAGUGAAACCACAAGUAAAAUUACUGUUAAUGGAAUUCAAGAAAUAGCUGGUGUAAUUCCAGAUGAUAUAGUUAAUCAACUUGCUAAUACUAUUAAAAGUAAAAAUAUUAAAUCAAUCUCAUCCCAAGUCAAUGAAGUUAUUCUUCAAGGAAGAAGUGCACAACAAGUGAUUGACCAGCUACAUGAUAAAUUCAUUCUUGAUGAUACUAUAAAUUCUAUCACCAAGAAUAAAAUCGCUGGAAUUUUAUUUAAUAUCGAUAAAAGAUUAAAUAAUGGGACUGAUGAGCAUGUUCAAUUGUUGAAUCUUUUUGUUCAAAUAUCAAAUGCAUUAUAAUAUAAGUCUAACA